AUGGCGAGGGUCCCCCUCGGGGAGUGGGUUCCCCACGUCGAGGCCUACGUCGACGUCUCCCGGCCCGCCGCGCAACACUCUGCCAGUGUGGAUGCGCUUGCGGCCCUGGUGAACAAGGACAGGCUGGCCCUCUUCGAUUUGGUGUCCAAGAUGGAAAUGUAUUUGACAACGACAGACCACAUUGUGAGAUCAAGAGGGAUACUGCUUCUGGGGGAAAUACUGUCUCGAAUUUCAGUUAAAUGGUUAGAUGUCAAUACCAUCACAACUUUGUCAGAUUUCUUUAUAUCAAGAUUGUCAGAUUGGCAAGCAAUACGGGGGGCACUUGUUGGUUGCCUGGCACUGUUGCACAGAAAACAAGGUGUUGGUUGUAUUGUGUUUGCUGAUGUCAAAAGACUUGUUGAGUCUUUCUUACAGAAUGUCCAAGUGCAAUCACUUGCAGCUGCAGACCGCAAGCUGUGCUUCCAAAUUCUGAGCUGCAUACUGGAUCGAUACCCUGAAGCCAUCAAAACAAUGGACGGUGAGCAGCUGUACUGGAUCUGUGAAGCAAUUGAUGAAGAAAAGGACCCAGAAUGCUUGAAGCUUUCUUUUCAUGUAGUGGAAGUUGUCAUGAAGCUAUUUCCAGAUCCGUCUGGUUUGGCAGCGCAAUUUGCAAGCGAGUUUUUUGAGAUUCUGAGCAAGUAUUUUCCUGUCUACUUCACACACGGAGCGGGUGAUGAUUUAAAUGCUACAAGGGAUGACCUUUCCAGAGCAUUGAUGAAUGCCUUUUGUUCCACCCCAUAUUUCGAGCCAUUUGCCAUCCCUUUGCUUCUUGAUAAGCUUUCUUCCUCUCUUCCGUUAGCAAAGCUUGAAUCUUUGAAAUAUCUGGACAAUUGCAUUCGCUUCUAUGGAGCUGAUAGAAUGGUUAGACAUGCAUCGGCUGUGUGGCUUAAGUUGAAAGAAGUGAUUUUUAGCCUUUCUCCAGAGCAACUUCUACUAACAUCAGGAUCUGCAAAAGAUGCAGAGAAGAAUAAGAAUCAAAUGGUCUCAGAGACUCUGAAUUGUUUGAAGACUGCUAUUACGUAUAUUGAUUCUUCAGAUAAAGAUCUUUUCAUCAAUUUGAUCUUGUUGGAUGAGGAUAUUGUGAAUAAGAUCCAUUCUAUAUCAAGUGCAGAAAAGUCCAUAUUGAGUUCAUUGGAAGAUUUGGCCCAAGUAAAUGCACUCGGAAGUGUCAUUUCUAUUCUUGCUGAAUCAUCUACAUAUUUCUGUACUAGAGUUUUUCAAGAGCAUCUUACACACUUGGUGGAUAUUUUGGGAACCUCAACUGACUAUGAAUCUCGGCAGUUGAAUACUUGUAAUGGAUCAUCUUCUGCUGCUGUCAACUAUGGAGCACUCUAUUUAUGUGUUCAAAUGCUUGCAUCCUGUAGAGAAGUGGCUUUGGUAUCUUAUGCAGAGUGUUCUUCUCUUAAAUUAGCAAAGGAGUCUUGGUGGCUUAUCUUAGAGAAGAAGUUGGAUCAGCUAAUCCAUCUCCUUGGAUUAUUUUUAACUUUAGAUUCUCGAUCUAUGCAGUCAAUGUUCAGACAAGAAUAUGAUGCAUGUGCUGUGAAGGGCUUGCUAACACUAGCAACAUUCCCGGAACAGUGCUCACCUUUACAGGCAAAUGCUUUUGAGGAUAUUCUGGCUAUGCUUACCUCGGUGAUUACAAGCAAGUUUGAAAAUGUAGAUUUAUGGAGAUUGUCAUUGAAAGCAUUGACUAGCAUUGGUUCAUCUAUCAUCGAGUUCAAUGCUUCUCAAAAGGAAGUGAUUUACUGCAGAACAGUUGUUGACAAGAUUGUUUCUUUGCUUGAAUCUUAUGAUGGUUCGAUGCCUCUCAGCCUAAGACUUGAAGCAAGUUAUGAAGUUGGAACGGCUGGGUUGAACCAUAUGUUAAGGGUUGCUAGGUCACUUGAAGGAGCUGUUGUCACUAAUAUUUCUAAGGCUAAUGGAAGAAUGGAAUGUGCUGAAUAUGUAGCCCAUUUAUUUGAGUGCUACUCUAGUCGGGUCCUUCCUUGGUUGUUUACUUCAGGUGGUAUCAAUGAACUCGCUUUGAGCUUCGCAAUGCAUCUCUUGGACGAGAUAAAGGACUUAUCUAUGUUAGAUAGAAUCAGUUCACAGGGCCUCCUUGACUCACUGAUGACAGGAAUGAAGCUUUUAGUUGGAGUCUGUACAGAGGAGCAACAAACAUUGAUUGUUCAGAAAGCAUAUAGCAUGGUAUCAUCAGUGCUCCCACUCCCACUGAAAUCAAUGACACGCUGUCUUUUGGCUGUAGAUGAGUUAGUUCCUUCACAUUCUGUUCAAGAAACAGCUCUGAUCGGCAUGCUUUCAUCGGUUAUAGUUGGCCUUCGGCUUCAAACACCUGUUCCAGAUAUGAUAGUGAUGAUUAACCUCUUUACAGUCUUUCUACUGAAUGGACAACUGCCAGCUGCUUAUGCAUUAGCUUCUAUUUUCAAUAAGUAUCUACACAAUCCAGAGUUUUCACAUGAGAAUCAACUGGAUAAAAUAUUUGAUGAUAUUCUUGAGAGGUGUUUCUCAACUGUAUUAGCCAACAGCUACUCAAAGAUAUCCCACUCUUCUGUUGACACUUCAAAUGAUGCUAAUUUCUUAUAUGUGUCCUCUGGAAACAUAGCUUCUAAGAUUGAUAUCUUGUCUGGCUUAGCCUGGAUUGGCAAAGGAUUACUUAUGAGAGGAGACGAGAAGAUGAAGGACAUUUCAAUGUUUCUGCUUAAGUGUCUAUGCUCAGGCGAAACUUUGGCUAGUACUCCAGCUCACGAGGAAGAAUCUUGUGGCAGUGAUUCAUCAGAUACUUCUAUUGCAACAUCUGCAGCUGGCGCAUUCAAUGUAAUGAUGAGUGAUUCAGAAGUUUGCCUAAAUAAAAAAUUUCAUGCAAGAAUAAAGCCAUUAUAUAAGCAGCGUUUCUUCUCAAUAAUGAUGCCGAUCUUCCUCUCUAAAAUCAAGGAAGCAACUUCAAUGGAAACAAAGUUGGCACUGUACCAAGCUUUUGGGCAUAUCAUUUCAAAUGCUCCAGUACCAGCAGUUAUAACUGAAGCUCAUCAGAUUUUACUUGUCAUGGUUGAUAGCUUAGCUAAAUUGAGUGUGGAAAUUCAGGACAAGGAUUUGGUGUACAAUUUGUUACUUGUCCUGUCUGGAAUGUUAAUGGACGAAAAGGGCAAAGAGUGCAUUCUGGACAAUAUCCACAUCACCGUCAGUGUUCUUACCCAGCUUGUUUCCUAUCCUCAUAUGAUGGUUGUUCGGGAGACAGCAUUACAAUGUUUAGUAGCCCUUUCUACUUUUCCUCACUCAAAAAUCUUUCCUAUGCGGCUAAAGGUUCUACAGGCAGCAAUCAAGGCUCUCGAUGAUAAGAAAAGGGCUGUUCGUCAAGAGGCUGUUCGGUGUCGACAAACAUGGCAGUCGUUUGCUUAAGGGAGGCCCCUUUCAGUUGUCACAUAGUUGGAAGUUGUCGAGUUGCUUACUAAGCAAUCAUGUUGGUACUUGAUGAGUGUACACGAUUGGGUAUCUGCGCCAUCACGUAAGGUGAGAGUGGACACCGAGGAUUGGUUCCUGUCUAAUAUCUGUUUCCUGGAUCAGCUGCCAAGUUCCGAAUGUUGGAUAAGUCUCUGACGAACCAUGAACCAUGGGAGAAAUGUGCCUGGAAUUUUCCCUCAAUCUGGGUUGCCAGCUCUUCAGUCCUUUUCUUUUCCUUGACCCCGAACGUUGUUUUGCAGGAAUGCAGGAUACAAAACCAAAUAGGAUCACUUGAAAAUGUAACCCUGGUCUCGCUGAUGCAUUGUAUUUUCUCCCUGAUGUUGUAGAGUUUAAGCAUGACAAAGGUCAAAACAUGUACCAUGCUGCUAUGCAUGUCUUAAUAGUUCAGUUUGGCUUUCAUGUUUGCAACAGGCUCUAAAUGUGUCUCAUCGUCGAGCAUGUCUCAAACACCGUUGUAAGAGAUAAUUAUAGUGACCUAAUUGUGGCAGGUUGUGCAGUAUGUACAAUAUUAUCCCAUACGAUUUUCAGUAUUGUGACGUUUA